AGGCCAUAAAAACAAACGCCUACAUUAUCAGUCUCUCUCUUCCUUGAUGUUCUUAGGAGGGGUUGCUGGGGGGUGGGGUGGUCAAAGGAGCGGAACAAGACAAAAGGAUCUGGUUCCCCUGUAACUUACAUUCUACUAUGAGACACAAAUACAACACACAUAUAAGCAAAUACACACUUAUUCCCAUAUGCUAAGUGCUAUAAGGAAGAAAAAGUACGACUGUGCUUGAAAAGGGAAGCAUUUCGGGGGGGGGGCGGUAGUUGAGAUUCGAAGGGAAAGGAGCCCACCUUUAUAAGAGCGAGGAAAAGCAUUCAGUCUAGACUGACAGGAGGCGACUGGUCCCAGCACCCAGUACGGUGCUCAGUCAAUUCUGAGCUAGUCCUACUAGAGAGGGUGCAUUUGUGAAGAUCUCGAUGUAUUAGAGUGGCUACUUGAAGAAUGAUCAGUAAACCUCACCUCAUCCAACUGGCCCCUUCUUCUCCCCGGAGUGCGGACUGAAGGUCAUGAUGAUGGGCAGCGUCCGAGUGGCGGAACUGCUGCUGCUCCACGGAGCGGAGCCCAACCGCGCGGAUCCCUCCACCCUCACCCGACCCGUGCACGACGCGGCCCGGGAGGGCUUCCUGGACACGCUGGUGGCUCUGCAUCAGGCCGGGGCCCGGCUGGACGUGCGCGACGCCUGGGGCCGCCUGCCCGUGGACCUGGCUGAAGAACGAGGCCACUGUGAUGUCGCACGGUACCUGCAUGAGGCCGCCGGGGACACAGAAGGUCGCAGCCAAGUUGGCACAAAUGCUGCAGACGGUCCCGCAGACGGCCCGGAAUAAAGAAUCUUUGAGCCCGUGCGACGAUUCUUCAACUUUAAAAGGCUGCUCUCACCCCCCACCCCCAUGCCCAUUCUUCCCUGCUUUCUUAGUUUCAAGUUGCAAAAUAGUGCUUUUUUUUUGCAUUUUAAACAGC